GUGGCGACGGCUGCAUCCACACCGCGGGAUGGCUGGCCCAGGGAAGCGGCAGUACGUGGUCAAGGGCACCACGUUUGAGGUGGACGUGCGUUACGAGGUGCGGAAGGGGGUCGGGCAAGGCGCGUACGGAUUGAUAUGUGCCGCAAAGGACACAAAGGACGGGGACCAGGUCGCGAUUAAGAAGAUCACAAACGCCUUCGAGGACGCGGUCGACUGCAAGCGGAUGCUGCGGGAGAUGCGGCUGCUGCAGCACUUUAAGCACGAGAACGUUCUCUGCCUCCGCGACAUCAUGAACCCCGACAAGUCAAUCGACGAGUGGAAGGACGUCUACCUCGUCACCGAGCUGAUGGACACCGACCUCCAUUACAUCAUCCACUCGAAGCAAGCGCUCUCGGACGACCACAUCCAGUACUUCAUGUACCAGAUCCUCCGCGGCCUCAAGGCGGUGCACGCCGCAAAGGUGCUCCACCGCGACCUCAAGCCCGGCAACCUCCUCGUCAACAAGAACUGCGACCUCAAGAUUUGCGACUUUGGGCUCGCGCGCGGCGUCGACCCCUCCCAAAAGGGCGUCCAGCAGGCGGCCCUCACUGAGUACGUGGUGACGCGCUGGUACCGCGCGCCCGAGCUGCUCGUCGAGAACGAGACGUACGGCCCGGGCAUCGACAUCUGGUCCGUCGGCUGCAUCCUCGCCGAGUUCCUGGGCCGAAAGGCGCUCUUCCCCGGCCGCGACUAUCUGCAGCAGCUCCGCCUCAUCAUCGAGGCGCUCGGACCGCCCUCGGACGAGGACCUCAACACCAUCAACAACCCGCAGGCGGUGGAGUACAUCAAGGCGUUGCCAAAGCGCAAGGCCGUCAACUUUGCGAGCCUCUACCCGAACGCGAACAAGGCGGCCAUCGACCUUCUGCAGCGGAUGCUGGCGUUCGACGCCCGAAAACGCAUCUCGGCGGCGGAGUCGCUCGAGCACGAGUACUUGGUGGCGCUGCACAACGUCAACGACGAGCCGGACGCGCCCCCGUUCGACUUUCACUUCGAGAAGGACGACAUCACGGAGCGGCAGCUGCGGGGCCUCAUCUGGGACCAGCUGCGCAACUUCCACCCCGAGGUGCGGAGCGCGGCGGAGCUACAAUCAGUCUGAAGCGCCCCACAGCCCGCCCCCAGGGCUUGGAGCUUGCGCUCAAGCCACCGAGGUGUGACCCGUGUUUUUUUAGUCUCUUCUCUCCCACGUCCCUUCCACCCAGCCACAUACACACAUAUUAACCUCAACAGCAACCCCCUCUCAGUCGUCGGAACAUAGUGUCUCGGAGAUCCUGUGCAUUUGCAUUUGUUUUGUCUAAAAACGCCG